AUGCCCUACGUGUACCAGGACUCGAAGCCACGGCCAGCCGCGCUGCCCGGGGCCGCGCGUGCCACCCACAGCUCGGGGAAGGCUUAAGAGGAGCUGAAGCAGGAGUGCCUGCGCAGGGGGAUCCUCUUUGAGGACCCCGACUUCCCCGCCUCCAACUCUUCUCUCUUCUUCAGUGAAAAGCCACCUGUUCCUUUCGUCUGGAAGAGGCCCGGGGACAUUGUCCAAGACCCCAAAUUUAUCAUUGGAGGAGCUACAAGAACUGACAUUUGCCAAGGGGAUCUUGGUGACUGCUGGCUAUUAGCAGCCAUAGCUUCUCUCACACUGAAUGAAAAAACAUUAGCAAGAGUGGUGCCUCUAAAUCAAGAUUUUGGGCCGGAUUAUGCUGGAAUAUUUCACUUUCAGUUUUGGCAGCACAACGAGUGGCUGGAUGUUGUGAUCGAUGACCGAUUACCCACCUUCAAAGGCCGCUUGGUUUUCCUGCACUCAGCUGAACACAACGAAUUUUGGAGUGCCUUACUGGAGAAAGCCUAUGCCAAGCUGAACGGCAGCUACGAGGCUCUGAAAGGAGGCAGUACAAUGGAAGCCAUGGAGGAUUUCACUGGGGGUGUAGGAGAAAUGUAUGAGGUUAAAAAGGCUCCUGACAAUUUCUAUGAAAUCCUAGAGAAAGCUCUGAAAAGAUGCUCAAUGGUGGGCUGCUCUAUUGAUACCAGCAGUGCUGCCGAGUCAGAAGCCAAAACCCCCUUUGGCCUUAUAAAGGGCCAUGCUUACUCUGUGACUGGCAUCGAUGAGGUGAGCUACCGGGGCCGGCAAGUGCGGCUCAUAAGGAUAAGGAACCCCUGGGGACAAGUCGAGUGGAAUGGCCCUUGGAGUGACAACUCUCCAGAGUGGCAUUCAGUCAGCCUAUCAGAGCAGAGACGCCUGUCUCAGGCAGCGCUGGAUGAUGGCGAGUUCUGGUAA